CUCUGUCCAAUCCCUCCACUGGCAUCCACUCAGUGUCCUCCACCCCCCUCUGCCAAUCCCUCCACUGGCCUCCACUCAUGUCCUCCACCCCCUCUCUGCCAAUCCCUCCACUGGCCUCCACUCAGUGUCCUCCCACCCCUCUCUGCCAAUCCCUCCACUGGCCUCCACUCAGUGUCCCUCCACCCCCCUCUGCCAAUCCCUCCACUGGCCAUCCACUCAGUGUCCUCCACCCCCCCCUCUGCCAAUCCCUCCACUGGCCUCCACUCAGUGUCCUCCACCCCCCUCUGCCAAUCCCUCCACUGGCCUCCAUUCAGUUGUCCUCCACCCCCCUCUGCCAAUCCCUCCACUGGCCUCCAUUCAGUGUCCUCCACCCCCCUCUGCCAAUCCCUCCACUGGCCUCCAUUCAGUGUCCUCCACCCCCUCUGCCAAUCCCUCCACUGGCCUCCACUCAUGUCCUCCACCCCCUCUCUGCCAAUCCCUCCACUGGCCUCCACUCAGUGUCCUCCACCCCCCUCUGCCAAUCCCUCCACUGGCCUCCACUCAGUGUCCUCCACCCCACUCUGCCAAUCCCUCCACUGGCCUCCACUCAGUGUCCUCCACCCCUCUCUGCCAAUCCCUCCACUGGCCUCCACUCAGUGUCCUCCACCCCUCUCUGCCAAUCCCUCCACUGGCCUCCACUCAGUGUCCUCCUCCCCCCUCUGCCAAUCCCUCCACUGGCCUCCACUCAGUGUCCUCCACCCCCCUCUGCCAAUCCCUCCACUGGCCUCCAUUCAGUGUCCUCCACCCCUCUCUGCCAAUCCCUCCACCGGCCUCCACUCAGUGUCCUCCAUCCCCCUCUGCCAAUCCCUCCACUGGCCUCCACUCAGUGU